AUGAGGCAGGUUGUUGCAAUAACGUCAAGGAUCAAAGACUUACGGGUCUAUGAAGGCUACACGGACUCUUAUUCCAGGAACGCUCGGUAUAUAGACAUACCUGUUGUUGGCAGAGAUCCGAUGCAUGAUAUUUUACCCAUGGAAGAUCCGAUGCCCCGGGACUGGCCUGUUUGUAGCAACUCAGUGUAUCAUUAUAGGGAUCAGUCCCAGAGCUCUCAGUUGUGGAUCCCAUCCAUCCCAGAUGUCACGACUUUUUACCGACGUGGAAGAAAGAAACGGGUGCCCUACACAAAGCCGCAGCUCAAGGAACUUGAACGAGAAUAUACCAUUAGCAAGUUUAUUACCAAGGACAAGAGGCGACGUAUAGCUUUCUCCACCAGUCUGUCCGAGCGACAAGUAACUAUAUGGUUUCAAAAUCGCCGCGUCAAAGAUAAGAAGGUCAUUUCUGAAAUUAAAGGCGACGAAACUUGUUCUUGA